CCUUACGAUCGGUCGCGUUUUUUCGAACCAUGGUUGGAAGAAAAUAGUGCGCUAGUUUUGCAUGGAAAUAAAACAGUAGUAUUGCACAUAAAUGCAGUGAAGCAGUGAGAAGCUUGCGAAAUAAACAACCCACAACAUAUGUGUUUAUUCUGUGACGGGUGUGUGGCGAAAAUUUUGCAACUAUUCAUUGCCGAAAUCACGAUGCUCGCGUGACAUAAAUCAGGAUCAAAAUAGUUUAGAAAAUCCGUACCUGAACACGCGCCCUCGAACCCAAAAGGCCUUCCUCGGAUUGGGUGAAUGUGAAGAAAAAUGACCACCCGACAAAGCGGUGUUAUGGAGCUGAAAACGGAAAGUGAAAUGAUGGAAAACCACGAACCGUGUCCGUAUGUGAAGAUUUGAUCAUCGUUUGGCAGUAACGAAAACGAACCCCCGAAAAAUAUAUACUGAUUCAAGUUUAGUAAACGGCGUGCGUGAAUCGAUGAUUUGCGGAUUUCUUAGACGUAAGCUUACGGAAUAAAGUUGGAGGUGAAUGUGAUAUGGCAUUAAUUGGAGUUUUGUGGCAGUUUCAACCAUUAACCGAAGAAUUAUGAAGACACACGAAACAGUUUAUAUGUUUGAUUGGUGGUUGAGUCGAUAGUGAAAAUUCGAUUCGAGAGUAGAUGUUUAACAUGUGUGCUGAGCGAAAAAUGAUAUUUGAAGCGAAAUGUGUAAAAUGGUGUUAGGCAAAUGAUGAUCUAGUGAUAUAAAUAAACUCGAUCAAAUUCCAGGUUUUGUUUUCAAUGUUAUAUACCAGCAGAGUAACUGAAAACAAACCUUAAACCCUAGCGGGUUAUGAUAUAGGCCAGCGAUGAUACAUGAACACUUAAAAAUCAGCAGACUACAAACAAUGAUACGUGAUUCAUUCAGUGACAAAAUUGGACAGAAAGCUAUAACUUGAAAAAUGAAGCGGACUACAACCUGCGGAAGGCGAAUGAACGUGAAACCUAUAAGGAGAGUGUUUCUGUUCCUAGCCGUGCUAGCGAUUACUAGCCACCAUGAUACACUAGCCCAGAGAGAUACGAUCUGCCCACCCCAGGAUAUUAUACUACCCUGUCGGUGUUCGCAACGAGGAAGCGAGAUUCAGAUAUGGUGUUCCCACAGCGAUCUGCCCCGAGUUCUAACCGGUUUGAAAGCAGUUUCCAAAUCCAUCAAUCGACCAAUCGAUGAACUAAUACUGGAGAACAACUUUCUUCCCUCGCUGCCGGGACGAACGUUCGCGCCUUUGAACAUCCUCCGGUUGAUGCUUCGCCACAACGGUCUCGAGAGGGUAUCCAACGGGUGGCUUAACGAGUUAGAUAACAAUCUGGUCGAAGUAUUCGUAGUCGAAAGAAGUCUUCGCAGUGUCCCGGUGGAUAGUUUAGCAGGAUUACGAAAACUCGAAGCUGUAACGGUCCACAGCGAAAGCUUGAAACGACUUCCCGAUUUCUCCGGAUUACCCAAAUUGAAAUACAUCAGUAUUCAAAGUACCUCUCUUAUUGAGGUUUCUCCGCAGAGCUUCCGCGAUUUGAAGAAUUUGGAGACGGUCAGUAUUGCUGGAAGUAGAACUUUGACACGUUUAGAGGGCGGCUUGUUCAACGACCUUCCAAAAUUGUCGAUGAUCAACCUCUCCGAGAACGGAAUAGAUUGGGUUCAUCUAAGAGCAUUUGUUGGGCUUCCUGGUUUAAAGACACUACAGUUGAGUGGAAAUAAAAUUGCCGAUUCAGGGAUGGUUGGACGGGCAGUGAAAGAUAUCCCAAAUUUGACUGUUAUGAAACUGGAUAGAAAUGUGAUUUCUAAGCUGAACGAGGGCAGUUUUGUUGAUCUUCCUGCGCUGAAAGAGUUAUAUCUGAAUGACAAUAUGAUCACAGAAAUUUAUCAUGGAGCUUUCCAUCGAACGCCUAGUUUGAAGCUGGUACACUUGGAAAACAAUUACCUAAGAAGAGUUCACCCGGAGUCAUUCCUGCAAGCUUCAGGAAGUGGUGUAGAAAUCAUGCACUUGCAGCAGAACGAAAUCGGAAGAGUUGAAGAACUUAGAUCGUUGCUGGAUGCACUUCCUAUGCUUCGCUUUCUGGACCUAAGUCACAAUACACUGGACGCGAUACCAUUCGGAGCCCUACGAGGUCAUGGAACAUUGGAACAGCUGUAUUUAAACAAUAACAAAAUUCGCAUGAUCGAAAGAGAUGCUUUUAUGGCCAUGCCAGGCCUUCGCGAGCUACGCUUGAGUAAUAACUCAUUAUCGGAUCUGCUUCCGAUGCCUUUCUGGAACCUACCCGGACUUAAGGGGAUAGAUAUUUCGUACAAUAAUUUCCGCCGAGUUGAUCCAAGCCUCCUAAUCGGAGUUCCUUCGCUAAGGCGAUUCGACAUCAGCGGUAACUCGCUGAGCGUCCUCGAUCCAGCAGCUUUUGUGCACACCCCUAUGCUAGAAACGGUUAACGUUUCCUUCAAUGAAUUGAGUCUUAUCCAUCCAGCAACAUUUCGUGAUCUGAAUCACAUGUUUGAAGUGGACGCCGGAGACAACAAACUUCAGGAGUUCAUCCCCGGUCUUCCAAUAGCCGUCGAACGCAUCAACCUGGCUCGGAAUCAAAUAACAUCGCUUACACAGUCGUCUUCCAACUCGUUGGACCUUCCAGCACUUCGAAUGCUAGACAUCAGCGGUAAUCAACUAACUCGCGUUGCAAAGGGAACCUUCCAAACUACACCCCAGCUGCGGAUCCUUGGGCUGGCAAGAAAUCAGCUUCAAAGUGUCGACGAAGGUAGCUUCAGCGGUUUGAGCCGCCUGGAAGUUCUUAGCUUACAAGACAACAAGCUUCUUGCUCUGCACGAACGUUCACUUACCCCGCUGGAGAACCUGCGGGAACUGAACCUGCAGGGUAAUCGCAUCGAGGUACUUGUCGAUCAUCUGUUAGACAACAAUGGCCAUCUCGAGCGAUUCGACGCAUCCCGAAACAGUAUCGUUGACAUUUCGGCGAAGGCUUUCCGUAAUAGCAGAUCUUUGCAGACGCUGGAUCUAUCCGGUAACAAGCUUCGGGAACUUCCCGAGUCUCUUUCGGGGUUGAGCGAGCUGCAGGAAAUUGACGUUAGUUUCAAUCAGUUGACGGAGCUGACACCAACCGUUCUGGCUUCGUGGAGGAAUCUGGAGGAACUGAAAGCUUCUAACAAUAAGGUUAAUCAACUUCAUCAGGGGUCGUUGAGAAAUCUGCCGCUGUUGCAGUAUCUGGAUUUGUCGAGCAAUGAGCUGACCAUUUUGGAGCAUGGAUCUUUAAGGAAUCUACCGGAGUUGCAGGAGCUGGUGCUGGCUGAUAAUAAGUUGGUCGAGUUGAAAGAUCGAGUAUUUGAGGAUUUGCCCAGUCUACAGGCAGUUCACCUUCAACAGAACAAUCUGCAAUACAUAUCGCCGUACACUUUUUACCGAUCGCCAUCUAUUGUUUACCUGAAUCUAUCCGCUAAUCAAUUCCGAUCGUUGGAUAGCGUUGGACUGCGAAGUAUACGGAACUUGGAGGUUCUUGACCUAACUGGAAACUUAAUCAAAAAGAUCAUCCCAAAUCCUCUCCGAGGGCUGGAUUGGCUCGUGGAACUUAAGCUGGACAACAACGUAAUCUGCGGUAUUCAAGGCGAACCGUUCUCAUCUAUGCCACGACUGCGUGUGCUGAGUAUGAGGAACAACCGGAUGUCACGAGUGCCGGAGCCAAUUUUCCGCAAUCUGCGCAGUAACAUUGCCAUUCUGGAUGUUGAUGGAAACCCACUGGAUUGUAGCUGUGACAUGCUCUGGUACCUUGCAUGGCUACAGGAAACAAGGAAUCUUUAUCCCGGGCCUCGGUGUCGUGAUGGAAAAAUGCUGAUGGACACGCGGCUCUCGAGAAACGAGUGUCAAACGGACGCAAGAGCUGGAAUCGGUCUCGAUGAACGUGUCCCGUUGACCAACGAGCACGGAGAUGUGUUUAUGCGAUCAGUAGAUUUCGACGAUUGUGAAAUGGAGAACUAUGAGGCAUUCCCACCUGGGCCAACUCCUGGAGUUGGUUCCGGUAGCAUAUCCCACCCUGGCUCGCCUGCAGAUAGUGAGUACUUCUACGACCAGUACAUUGACUACCCAAAUGCGCUGAAUGACAGUUAUCUAGAGGAACGGAUUAAUGGAUCUACCUUUUCAGGAGACCCGCUGGGACAUCAUAACCUAAGUCAAAACUUUGUCGACUUCAACAACAACAAGUUCAACAAUCUGUACAACGUACCUCCGCAGGUGCAAAACAAUUCUCCGUUCACUUUCUUCGGUGUACCGAUUCCAAGCUUGAACAUAGGGAAAAUGUUUGGCGGGUCGGGACGAAGUUCUAAUAACCGAGCAGUAGCUGGUACACGUGGUAAAGGCCGAGUGCAGAUCUAUCACCCAGACGAUCCCGCCCUUGCGUCAAUACCCAAAAACACUAACCGUCAAGAACAGGAUGUUCCAGUCAAAACACCAGACGACAACCAGGAAAAGAAUCCUGGAGCAUCCAACGACAAUAAUCUGUUUUACCGACCUUACUUCCAGACCCCUUUCCGAAAUCCAAACCUACAGAAGGGUGGGUUCACACCGAUUAUACCAGGUAGCGAAGGAGGAUUUACUCCAAUCAAUAACCCAACGGUAAAGAUAAUCAAACAAAACAUCUCCGCCCCCGGACGAUGGCCUGAAGAAUUCAGCGAGCGAGUCCCGUUGGUAACCGAAUCGCCACGUUAUCACCACAAAAACCAGUUUGAAGUAACAGCAAAGCCACCACACAACGCACCCUACUUUGUAGACGGAAUAAGCCAGGUUUCCAUUUCAACACCUCCUACCCAUCCAGCGAAAGAAUCGGAAAACACCAAAGAAAGCACAAACCGUUCCGAAAUGACAGAAAAACCCAAUUCCCAGGCGACCGGUCACGCGGCUGGAAAUUCCGAGUUGGAAGAAGAUACCGAAGAAAUGGAAGAUACCGUGGAAGAAAUCGAACACGAGCCAGCGCCACCCUUACGAGGUGGUUCAAAAUACGACGAACACGACAUAACCACUCGUCUAUCGAUCGAGCUUGGAACAGCAACUACAAUCGAUCCCCUGAGCUACAACAAACCUUACACACUGCAUGAAAAUCAACCCACGAUGACCCGGGAACUAAUGCGUACCCCCACCAGUGAGUUCUACGACGGAGUUAACCAAUCGCCUAGUUCCCUUUCCGCCCUGGUUGCUUCCGGUGCUACCCUGCAAAGCGGCGUCGCCAGCGGUUCUUCACCUUCUAAAAGACCGCCCGGAAAAUCCACCAUCGAAAAAGUGGCUUCCCCUUGGUCCUCAACCGUAACUCCGUUCGUUGGUAGCACACCUCGCGGUGACGGGUACUCAUUCGGAACACACCGGAGCAUACCGAAGUACGACAGCGGAGGUGAUUUCGUGACGCAAAACAUAGUUGAUCUAACGCAGCAACACCAGCCGUUCGGAGGUAACGAAAUACGCAAACGAGAGGACAUGGAUUGGUACUAUGAGACGUACAACCGAACGCCAGUUUACAACGAUUUCUAUGAGUCGGAGUUCGCGAACGGCAGCAGUCGGAUUUCAGUUCUAGCGAGAACGGUGAUAGCUAUUGUGGCUGCUUCCGUUGUGAGGAUUUUUAUGUAAAUUAGAACUUGUUAUACACCAAAUUUUAGCUAUAGUACUAGUAGUUUAACGAGUUAACAUAAAGAUAGAUAGGUAUUGGAGAAUGAGAGGCACAUAUUCCAAACCAGAAGAUAUAUAAAUCCGUCCAUCUGUAUAAAGAUUUCAAACUUUCCUGAUGAACUGUAUCAAACCUGUACGAUAAUUAAAGCUAACGACAGAAGGUAUUUGUGUAGUCAUGUUUGAUGACCAGAAAAUAAUCCUAACUCCGCCGAAACUGUACAUCCGAUAGACAACU